AUUUAAAACUCUGGGUUUUUACUGCCAAAGAAUUUCAAGAUGCGUAGCCUGUGUCACUUUAUACCGCUGUAGAGCCCAACUUUACUAGAAAUUGGUAUUUGGUGGUCUGUAGUAUAUUAUUCAUGAUACUGAUUUUGACUAUAGCUGGAAUAAUUCAAGGUGCAUUAAAUAAAAGAAUGUCAUGGGAAGAGUUAAAAUUAUUUCGAACAUCAUGGAAAUCAAGCGAUUUGAAUUUCAAACAGCUACAAACUAAAUCGUCCCGAGAAAUAGCGACUGAAUAUAAUGCUUUGAAUUCCAAUUGGAAAACAAAUAUUUCAACAAAAACUAACUGUGAUAUAGCAAUGUUAUUAGAAAAUAAAUCGAAAAACCGAUAUGCUGAUAUAAUACCAUACGACUAUAACCGAGUUAUAUUAAAACAAAGAAGCAACAACUACAUAAAUGCUUCAUUUAUUAAAUAUGACAAGAAUAUUCGAGAGUACAUAGCUUGCCAAGCUCCCAUGAAAAAUACUUGCACUGAUAUGUGGCAGAUGGUAUUGGAGCAGGAUGUUGUUUCAAUUGUUAUGUUAUGUGAGACUUCAGAAACAAAUAAGGCAAAAUGUGAAAAGUAUUUUCCAAAUGAUGAAGAAAUCUCCAUUCAAUUUGGGGAUAUAAAAGUUGCAGAAAUCAUCAUGAAUGAUUAUAAAAUGAAUUCAUUCACAAUGAAAAAUUUGACGGUCCAUAAAGGCAAUUUAAAAAAAUCAAUAAGGCAUUUUCAAUAUCAUGGCUGGCCAGAUUUUGGAAUACCCAAAGAUCCUUCAACAUUGAUGAAAUUUUGUGAGGUAGUACAAAGCAAAAGUCCAGAGGGUUUAAUCGUUGUACACUGCAGUGCUGGAGUAGGCAGAACCGGCACAUAUAUCACCUGUGACAUAUUUAUGCAAUUAAUCCAGAAAAAUAUCAAACCAUUAAGUGUGUAUAGAACGGUUCAAAAAUUGCGUGGACAACGAAAAAAUAUGGUCCAAACACAGGAUCAAUACGAGUUCAUAUACACAUACUUAGCGUAUUUAUUGAAGCAAAAAAAAUCGCAAGGAGUAUCAACAGUAAUGCAAAUAGGAAAUGCAGUACUUCAGGUGAUACUAUCUAACCUACCUAAUCUUGAUUUUAAUCCCGUCAAUUUACUAAAUAUACCUUUGCAAUGGGUAAACAUUUGUUGACACAUUGCACAUUCAAUCUAACACAUUCAAUCUAAAUUUGAAUCCCGUAAAGAUUUCUUCAAUAUGCAAUAUAAUAAUAUGUAUAAUGAAUAAAUGUAAAAAUAAAUUUAAAACAGGCACGUAGCUAAGGGGUGGCCUGAGGUGGCCCGGCCACCCAAAAUAUUUACAGGCCACCCUUAUGGCCACCCCAUUACAUUGAAAUAUUAUUCAAAUACCCAAGGCUCAAAUAAUUGGGUUGAAAAAUUAAAUAUAUUUUAAAAUUUCUAUUA